AUGGAAAUUAUUAAUAGAACCCUUGAUUCGAUACUAGUUAAAUGUCAUAAUAUCCAAGUAGAAAAUAUCAAAUAUGGAGAAUUGGUUGUAUUAGUAGAAUCUGAUGAUGAAUAUUCCGGAUAUUCAGAUGAUGACAUUGAAGAACUAAAUGGAGAAUAUGGAGAUAUUGCAAAUGAAUCAUCGGUUGAAGAUGUAUUAGAAAUUGUUAGACAAGCAACAAUUAAAAAGAAAGAACCAACCAUUUAUGAAAUCGAAUUUGAAAAUGUUUCUAAUUCUUCAGGAAGAUGCAACUUUGAUGAAUUAGUGAAAUUCUUGCAUAAAUUAGGACUUUCUCCAACUGUAAAUCAAUGUGAGGAACUUAAAAAAGAAUUUGGAACUAAUAAUAUUGACAUUGAAUCUGCUUUAAAAGCUUAUAAUAAAACAUCUGCUGAUAAGUAUACUCAAGAAGAGUUAUUAGUUUCAUUAAAAUCCACCAAGCCUGAAAUUACCAGAAAAAGACUUGUUAUUCUUUUACAAACAUUUGGAGAUAAGAUGACUGAAGAUGAAAUUAAUAGAGCUCUUGAUAAACUUGAAAUAGGAAAUGAACCAAUUAAAAAAGAUGAAUUCAUUGAGAAAUUAUGUAUUGGAUCGAAACAGAUUAAAAGAUCUGAUUGUUCCAAUAAAUCAAAAGAGAAUUUGAAUGAUUUUUCUGAAAAAAAUGAUAUUAAUAAUGAUCAGAAAGAAGAACUUUCUCAAAUUAAUUAA